AUGAGACAAGGGCAACAGUAUGACUUGUCAAAUCCGAAAAUUCUGGCAUUACAUAAAUUGUACCGAGUAGAAAGAACACCACCACGUCAUGCAGGUUAUGAUAUACUGAAAAAUCCAAGAAUAAUGAAGGGUACGGCUUUUGAUUUAAGAGAACGCCAUCGCUUAGGCAUUCUUGGUCUAAUUCCACCUGCUGUUAUGACCAUAGAACAACAAGAGUAUCGAAUAAUACGCAGAAUUCGUGCACAAACUGAUCCUCUCAUGAAAUACAUCAUCCUCGAUGAACUGCAGAGUCGAAAUGAAGCGUUAUUCUAUCGAGUUUUGCACGACAACAUUACGGAACUAAUGCCAAUUGUGUACACACCAACAGUAGGCUUAGCUUGCCAGAACUAUGGCGAUAUCUAUCGCUUUCCAAAGUUAGUUUUUGACUAA